AUGUUAAACCCGGACACAUCGUCUGCGAAAGUCGCCCCCGCGUCGGGCCCCGAUAACACACCGAAUGUUCAUCCGUUGGUUCGUACGGCUUUGCGACUCAGCUUGAGCGCCAAAGAAUACCGGGCGCUGUACAAUCUAGUCGGAACUCGGGCGGCUGGAGUUCAAAGCAGACUUGUUUCGCCAUCUCGCUAUGAUGCCAUUGUUCACUCGAAGAACCGGCGCAAUGAAGCCGCCGUGCGAACGUCGUUGCGGGUCUUUAUUGGGACUGGGACCGCGCUGAAGCUGCUCGAAGUGAUUGUCGGUCGGAUACGCGGAGAAACACCGCAAAAAAAAGUCCGUGGUCCGCUUCUCCAAUCGCCCAAAUUCCGCCUGUCACUUUCUCUUUCCCUUUUACUCCUGCUUCAUCGUCUACUUUAUCGUUUCCUCACCCGCAUUCGCCUCAAUCUCUGCACUGAUGAGGCCGAGCCGUUCCGUCGGCGCAAUCCGCGCAUCGCGAGUGCCUUGACUUCGCGAUUUGCUCCGGCUGUCGGAGCUAGUGUGGCAGGAUUCGCCCUGGGCAUAUGCCCGCAAGAUCAGCUCCGUCUGACCACUGCUAUUUACACGGGAACCCGAAGCUUGGAGUUCCUCUACAAUGUCAUCGAUGCUAAGGGAUGGCUGGAAGGCCGCCCGAGGUGGUGCGGCAGCUGGCUACUGAUGCCGAUCUCGUGCGCACAGCUUUUCCACGCAUUUGUUUUCGACCGGGAGAAUACGCCGAAGUGGCUCGGUAAUCUCAUCUUGAAGCUCUCCCCGAGCUACAUCCCCGGCCGACCAGAGGGUCUGCCAAGUGACGUGUUCUGGCCAGAGAAGGAACAGAUCGUCGACUCUCUCGCAUCUAUUGCUGAUCUGCGGUGGCCGGCAUAUGUUUGUCCAACUCUGCAUCCAGGUGACUCGAACACCCUGCCGUCGUCAGUCAAGGCUAUCUCGCCCAUCACUGGACCUGCGCACCCUGCGAUCGCUCAUCUUUCCUGCGCUCUGCUUCACCCCAGCGUACCCAGCUGUAGCACCGCGUUUGUGCACCAUGUCCUGCUCUCGGUGCCAUACCUGGCUCGUUUCCUCACAGCUAUCAGCCUGGCUCUUAGCAUUCCGAAACUGAAAAGUAUCGUGGCCGAGCCGAUCACGUCAAUCAACAGUCUGUGCAAGAGAAUCAUCACUUUGACUGUCGUUCUAUCUGCCGCAGUCGGGUCAGCAUGGGGUAGUGUCUGUCUGUUCAACAAUAGUCUGCCUCGCUCGACACUUCCCGUCAAGCGCUUCUUCCUCAGCGGUGCUAUCGCCGGUCUUCCAUUUGCGCUUUUGUCCAACAGCCGAAGCGUGUUCAUGUACUUUUUCCGGGCAGCUGUGGACUCUGCGUGGAAGACGGGUGUCAAGCGCGGACUAUGGAAGGGCGGGCGUGCGGUGGAGCUCUGGCUCUUUGUGCUCUCCUGGGCCUUGAUGGGUUCGAUUUUGGAGACCCACCCAGCUGCUGUUCAAGGGAGAGGUCUUCGCAAGGCAUUGGCAUGGUUGCGAGGCGAUGGCUUUAUUGACCUCGAGGAGGCGGAGAAGCGUAAAGCUCGACGGGCAGUGAAGAGCACGCAGCCCAAAGAUGCAUAA